AUGAACCCGGUCAACACCAAGCCCUACCAACUCCCCGCCGACGCGACCUGGUUCGUCACCGGGUGCUCAACCGGCAUCGGUCGUGCCCUCGCAAGUCAUGUCGCCUCGCAGCCUGGUCACCGUCUGAUCGCGACUGCUCGUGAUCCCUCCAGCCUCUCAUACCUCGACGACAACAACCCAUCGAUCCUCAAGCUCGCUCUUGAUGUCACCAAGCCGGACUCCGUCGAUGCAGCAUUCAAGGCGGCUGCCGCGCACUUCGGGGACGGCCACUACAUUGAUGUUGUGGUGAACAACGCCGGAUACUCACUGUCCGGUGACACCGAAUCGGUUACAGAGCAAGAAAUGCACGACGAGUUCGAAACGAACUUCUUCGGCACUGUGCGUGUUACGCUCAAGGCAAUUGAGGUGAUGCGCCAGUCCAAGGACCACCGUGGUGGCCUGAUCUUCAACAUGUCGUCGCUUGCUGGCGUCUGUGCAUUCCCCGGCCACGCUUUCUACCACGCCAGCAAGUUCGCCGUCGAGGGAUGGAGCGAGUCUAUCGCGCGCGAAGUCCACCCUGACUGGAACAUCAACUUCUGCAUCGUCGAGCCCAGCGCCGUCAAGACGAACUUUGAAACCACCAGCAAGAAGCGCACACAGCCCCACGAGGCGUACGCUGCCCCCGACAUGCCUGCUCGUCAACUGGAGACCUUCGUGAAGAAGGGACUCGAGUCCGGUGUCGGCUUUGAGCCGAGUGCCGUUGCCAACGUUCUGUACACUGUGGCCAGCCGCAACGACAAAGUCCCUCUGCGUCUGCCUCUCAGUGCUACUGCCGUCAAGCUGAUCACAAUGAAGCUGCAGGGUCAACUUGCGGACUUGGAAACCGUCAGUGCACUGAGUGCUAUUGAUGUCGGGCAGGCGCAGUUUAAGGUCUGA